AUGUCGGCGCCAAAGCGAGCUAGUGAUCUUAGGCCAGAUGAUCAACUUUCUCCUCCCAACAAGUUAAAGCGGAAUGCGUUUGCAGAAGGAGCAAUAGUACGAAUCAAGUUAGAGAAUUUUCUGACAUUUGAAUCUGUGGAAUUUAACACAUCACCCUAUUUGAAUGUAAUCAUUGGUCCAAAUGGUACUGGGAAAUCAUCAAUCAUAUGUGCAAUUUGUCUUGGCCUUGCAGGAAAAACUAGUUGGCUUGGACGAGCAUCACAGCUGUCUGAAUUUAUUCAUUAUGGUAAACAGAAAGGAAGGAUUGAAUUAGAACUAUUCAACCCUGAUGGGGAAAAUUACAUCAUUCAACGUGAAAUCAACAAAAACAAUACAUCUUCAUGGUUUGUUAACGGCCGUCAAGCAGCUCAGAAAGUGAUUGAAGAAAUGACAGUACGUUUGAAUAUUCAAGUAGGCAACCUCUGUCAAUUUUUACCACAAGAAAAGGUAGCUGAUUUCUCUCGAAUGUCACCUCAAGAAUUAUUGGAAAGCACAGAAAAAGCUGUGGGUACACCUGAGAUGUAUGAAACACACAUGAUGCUGAAACAGGCCCGUGUUAAAGCACGAAACCUUGAAAAUAUUUAUAAAAAUUCUCUGGAACAUUUAAAUCAAGAAAAACAAAAAAAUGAUAAUUUACAACAAGAUGUCCGUAAUUUUGAAGAAAGACAAAAGUAUCUUGAACAAAUAAAAAUGCUACGAAUGAAGCGCCCAUGGCUGGAGUAUGAAGAACAACGUAAAAAGUAUACGGAAGUUAAGAAACAACGAGAUGAGAUGUCUCAAGCAAUGGCAAGUUUACGAGCAGAAGCUGCUCCUAUGCAAAAAAAGUUGGAUGCUAUUCAGAGCAAAAUUACACAAAUUAGCCAACAGAUGAAAACUACGAGUAGUUGCAUGUUGGAUACAGCACAGCAGGUUGCAACUAAUACAAAAGAGAUUGAAGCAGAAACAGAUAAAAUAACAGAAGCCCUUGAUGAUUUGAAAUACAAAAACAAGAAGAAGAACAAGGCAGAAAAAAGUAAAAUCCGAGAACUCAAGAGACAACUUGCUAUCUAUGAAAAUCAAUUGAUGACUUUAUCAGCUGAGGAAGAUAAUCAGCCAGCAAUAGAGAAUACAAAUUGUAACAUUCAGCAAUUAACUCAUCAACUGACCAAGCUGCACUCUGACAAGGCAGGCAUAAGUGAUGAGAUCAGAAUGAUCAAUGCUUCUUUAAAAGAACAUGUCCAGUCCCUCCAGCACCUUCAUGAUAUUGCUAACAUCCGGUUGCAGGCCUUGAGAGACCGGCAUAAAAAUACUUACAUGGCUGUUGUUUGGUUACGAGAGAAUAAACAUUUAUUUAAAAAUACAAUUCAUGAGCCUAUCAUGCUUCAGAUCAAUAUGAAGAACCCAUCUGAUGCCAAGUUUCUUGAAAAUCAUAUCUCUUUUAAUGAUAUGCGUUCAUUUGUAUUCCUUUCAAGGUUCAAAAGUUUUUAUCUAUUUUCUUUUCUCUCUUGUGUAGACAAGGUUCUCUUCUUGGUGACCAAACUCCUUUCUUUCUUCACUUAUUUUCCUCCUGUCUGCCUGGAAAUUGCGCCUUCCUUUUACAGCCGCUAG